CGUUGCCCCCUCUCCAAAGAGGCGCGCAACAAGCUUAGGGCUGAAUGCCCCAGACCCAUAAUUCCCAACAGGGUUUGCGAGACUCCAGCGGUAGACCCCAAAAUGACCCAAUUCCUCACCAAAUCUGGGUGGAAUCCGAGGAAGGGUCUGGAGUCGGCCCUGCGUGCCUGUCAGGACAAGCUCCUGGACAUAUUUGGCCCCCUGGCAAAGAUUUUUGACCUGGCCGAGGCUGCCAAGGCCGAGGGUAAGCAAGUAGACCCUCUAGAGCUGCGCGAGUGGGUGCAGCGCGCGAUUUGCGUGGCAGGAAACGUUAACACGUCCCUGGCCAUUGAACGGCGCAAGGCCAUACUUUUCAAGAUUGAGCCUAAACUAUCCAACUUGGCGCUUACCGAAGCCGGUAAGGAGGCCCAGGGCCUGCUGUUUGGCGAGUCCUUUAUUAAGGACUUAGGACGGUUUGUCGGUGCUUUUACGGCACUCGAUAAAGCCCAGAGUUCAAUGAAACGGGUGUUUCACGGUAGGGUCUCUACCAGGGCCGGCAGUUUCAGGGGCCGUCUGUCCGGCCGUGCCCAUUUUCAGUCCCGUACUACGGGCAGAGGCUCCUUCUCCCAGAGACCUGCGUUCCAGGAGCAGAGGCGAGAGACAUCUUCCUUUUUCCCUUCCCGGGGAGGAUCCUGGAGACCUAGAGGAUACAGAGGAAACCCUGGUUCCAGACGACCUUAUGGUUGAGACCGGCCCGGUGUGCGGUGUCUGUUGG